CUUUCUGUCUGUACUGAGAGUUGUCACGCAGGAUCAAGGAAGAAAGUGAAGGAAGGAGAACCAUUCUGCUGCUAUGAUUGCAUCCCAUGCCCAGAGGGAAAGAUUUCAAACCAGGAAGAUAUGAGUGACUGUGAUAAAUGCUCAGACAAAGACUAUCCAAGCAAGAACCAAGAUGCAUGUAUUCCCAAGGAUAUAAGCUUCUUGUCUUAUGAAGAACCUUUGGGCAUCAGUUUAGUCUGCUUUUCGCUUUCAUUUUUUCUGAUCACAGCUCUGGUGCUGGGUACAUUUGUGAAGCACCAUGACACUCCCAUAGUCAUUGCAAACAACAGGAACCUCACCUACACUCUCCUCAUUUCUCUUCUGCUCUGCUUCCUUUGUGCACUGCUCUUCCUGGGCCAGCCAGAGAAGGUGACAUGUCUCCUCCGACAAACCACUUUUGGCAUCAUCUUCUCAGUGGCUGUUUCUUGUGUAUUGGCAAAAACCAUCACUGUGGUCCUGGCUUUCAUGGCCACCAAACCUGGAUCCAGGAUGAGGAGAUGGGUGGGGAAGGAACUGGCCAACACCAUUGUCCUUUGCUGCUCCUUUGUCCAGGCAGGGAUCUGUAUUGUGUGGCUAGCAACCUUUCCCCCAUUUCCAGAUGUUGACAGUUACUCAGUGGCUAAAGAAAUUAUACUAGAAUGCAAUGAGGGGUCUGUGAUGAUGUUUUAUGUUGUUCUGAGCUAUAUGGGCUUCCUGGCAAUUAUUAGUUUCAUUGUCGCUUUCCUGGCCAGGAAAUUACCUGACAGCUUCAAUGAAGCCAAGUUCAUCAGUUUCAGCAUGUUGGUCUUUUGCAGUGUUUGGUUAUCCUUUAUUCCAUCCUACCUGAGCACCAAGGGAAAAUACAUGGUUGCUGUGGAGAUCUUCUCUAUCUUAGCCUCUGGUGCUGGACUGCUGGGUUGCAUCUUUUCCCCAAAAUGUUAUAUUAUUGUGUUCAGGCCUCAGCUGAACAACAGGGAGCAGCUUAUGAGGAAGAAAAACUUCAAAAUUCUCUGUAUCGAAGUAUAUAUUUCUGAUAAGAAAUAUAUAUUCCCUCCUCUGGGCUCAUUUGGGAGGAAGAAUGAGAUAUGA